AGACGCUCCAGUCCUAGACUGGCAGCUAGACUGGAGCAGCGGAUUGCGGGAGAAUCUCUAGCGAGGGUGCAGGGACAUUAACGGACAAAAAUGGGAGUCGAAAUCGAGACCAUAACCCCGGGCGAUGGAAGGACGUUCCCUAAGAAGGGGCAGACAUGCGUGGUGCAUUAUGUUGGAUCCCUGACUGACGGUCGUAAGUUCGACUCGUCCCGAGACAGGGACAAGCCCUUCCGCUUCAAGAUCGGUAAACAGGAAGUGAUCCGGGGCUGGGAGGAGGGUGUUGUGCAGAUGAGCGUGGGGCAGAGGGCCAAGCUGACCUGCUCUCCUGACUUUGCGUACGGGAACAAGGGGCACCCGGGGAUCAUCCCGGCCAACGCCACGCUCACCUUCGACGUGGAGCUGCUAAGCCUGGAAUGAGCCGUCCACCAACUGACGUUUAUUUGACGUGACUUGAUGCUGCAGACUGGAGAGAGGACAGUGUGCAGCAUGCUCCAGCCUUGAGUUACACCACUUUACUCUCGCUGUUUCAUCCAUAUGUUAUGAAAGUCUGUGAUGUUUUAUUCUCAGUGAUUCACUACUUUAUUUUCACAUUCUUCUUCUUAAAACCAAACCUCCUGGUUCUUAAUCUUGAAUUUCUGUUUUUAAAUAUUGUGCUUUAAUGCUACUCUGCAUUUGUUUUGUGAAGACCUGUGGUGCAAGGUUAUUAUGAGUAAUACAAAACACCAAUGACUCACUAGCAACGACAUUCAUCAGUUUUAAGAGUUUACAUUGACACAGUUAGAGGGCUAGAACACGAUGGUAAGCAAACCCAAGACUAUAUUUUAAAAAGCACAUUGUUUCUGAACCUCUGUUCCAGCUAAGACAAAGAACAGAAUAUAAAAGCAGUCUGGUAAUAUAUGGGGUUUUAGUGUUGAGGGAAGAACCAAGAGUAGGAUGCCUGUUUAAAACCAGAACUUAGUUUGAUACGGAAAUGUACCUGAACCUUUGGUAGAAUAGAAUCAGACAGUGAAGUGUUUUCGUUCUUGAUUUUAGUUGUUAAUGAUCUUUAAUAGGAUAUAGAGGGCUGUCCACUAGGAACAGCCAAGUACUGUAUUUAAUAACAGCUGUAAACUGUACAUGUGCCUCUGUCCUGGCUAGACAUGUCUCCAUCUCCCCCAUCUCAAAGCUUUGCAUUUUUAUAGCUUUUAGUCUGCCUACUUUUCCAUUCUGCUUUUCAAAGUCAAACCUAUUAUACCUAACAUAUUUUGUGUAGGCUACCUACGAUGGGAAUUUCUCAAAUGCCAAACUUUCUAACUGCAGAAUCUUUUUUUUUUUUUUACACUUUACCAGUAGAGCAGAUCUCUGUCGAUGUCAUAAUAAUAACAAAGUAUUCUCUUUAGCUGAAGCCUUCAGCCAAAGCGAUGUACCGGAAGGGGGGUGGAGAUUUGAACCUGUGACCUCUUGAUCUGCAGUCUAACUCUCCAACCCCUGAGCUUAAGCCUUCCCCUCUUAGCUCGCGCCACCAAACCUGCCUGAACAAACCUGCCGCUCUGUUCACCUGAGCAAACCAAGUAAAGUUAUGUUCGAUAACCACUGGAGGGAGGAGCUGUAUGAAGCCCAUCUGCUGCUGGCCUUGGCUGCUCGAGGCCUGCGACAGCCGCGCGGUCCUGGGCCUGGCACUUCGCCCCUCCCCUUCCCGUUUUGUAGUGUGCUGAGUUACAUGCUGUGUGCAGGAUAAAACCAAUGAUGAAUAUUUAAAUCUUGCCGUUGCAAUAAAGUGCUCUCCUGUUUGGGGCAACGCCUCUGGUCUUCU